ACAACAGUUCAUCCCAGUCUUUGCGCGUUCUUUUCCAAUAUGGCGGACACGAGAGAACAACACGAUAGCAAUGAAGAGAACAUUCUUACUCAAACUACGACGUUUACAUCCGUUAUUCCAAUGUUGGAAGAACUUCGACGACAAAAAGGACCGAUAGAUAUUCCACCUGGCCUUCCUCAGUCGCCACGACCGCCACAACAAAUAAAAAUUGAAAAUAUAAUGGAAAGUUGUGUUUUUAAGUCAACUUUGGCCGGAGUCCUUGGUAAGAUAAUUCGGCGUAUUUUAUUCAUUCUAAGCAUGUUCAAAUAUUGCUAGACUGGAAAUUUUACUCUAGUCACCAAAUACUUAGAUAUGUACCUUGUUUACACAUUUUAUGCAUUUUAAUUAAAAAUUGACCUUGGCUGCCGGUCAGCACUAUUUUCCAUACAGCGAACCGCCCUCACGAUUUUCUAAAGUCGUUUCUUUUUGGAUUUUUUUAUUAAUUCGGUUAGGGUUGCGGUUUGGGUUAGAAUAGGGGUUGGGUUUGUCACAUAGCCAUUUAACACCUCUUCCGAAAAUGACAUCAGGUCAGUUUGCUGGAUGGAAAAUAGUGCUAAUCUUGGCUGCCAGUAUGGUCCAGAUUCACAGAAGACUGUAAAAUUUUGGCUUUGGAGGAAAUUAAUUUCCUGUGCAAAAAUUCUUGCAAUCGAAUACUCUGUCGAAUGCCAAACAAUUUUACUUGGGAGGAGCACUGUUUCUCAAUUUGUUAAUAUACUUUUUUAGGCUAUCUGCUGGGGGCAGGUUUUGGCAUAUUCACAGCGGGUCUAGACACGUCAAUGCCAACCAGUGUCAGUGGACAAGUCGAUACGUCAGCACGUGCUGUAUUCCGUGAAAUGGGCCAGCGUGCCUCAUCGUAUGGCAAGAACUUUGGUGUUGUGGGUGCAAUGUUUUCUGGGACCGAAUGUGUUGUAGAGUCAGUAAGUUAAUUCACUGGUGGUGUACUCAGAAAAUUCUACUGUAGUACACUUAAAUAAGCAAUUUAAAAAAAAAAAAUUCUUAAUAUUUUUUAUUUUAAUUGAGCCGCAGUGCGCCCUACUUAUUUUUUUACCUAUUUUUUACUUUUUUUUGUCUAACGCCAGACGAUUUUACUUGUCAAUGGGGAAGCUCCGCAGCUUAAUGGGUUAACCAAAAAUUAUGACAAUGUAGUUAACCCAUGAGCCGCAGUGUGCCCUACUUAUUUUUUCACUUGUCUAAUGCCAGACAAUUUUAUUUGUUAAUGGGGAAGCUCCGCAGCUUAAUGGGUUAAUGUAAUAUAUAAUCAUUAGAUGUAGUUAAAAGUUUUAUCUUUCAUCCUCUGUUUACAGUAUCGUGGCAAGAGUGAUUGGAAAAAUGGAACAUUAUCAGGCUGUAUAACAGGAGGAGCUAUUGGUUUAAGAGGUUUGUGCAUGAUUAAUUACUCCAAUUUGCUUUCCAAACUACUAUAAGGCGAGAUUUUUUAUUUAUGGGUUUACGGAUUUGAUUUUAAAAAAAAAACAGGUCAGUAGGUCGGAAAAAAAAUGUGAAAAAAACACACUGAGUAUAAAUGAGAACCAAAUUUAAUAAUCUCUAUUAAAUUUUUUAUUGUCACAAUGAUAACAUAAAGUUGAUUGUCACAAUAACAUGAGCCAGCAGUACUUAGCUAGCAUGUACUUCAUGUCAGAACCCCAAAUUAAAAUUAACUUUAAAGGUGAUCUACAGUCCGAUCUGCGCAUGUGCACAAAUGAGCCCACUUUUUAUGAUACAAACAGUUUAACUAUGUUUUGAGUUCUUGAAAAUCCUAAUUGUUGUUUCUUGAUCAUUUAUUAUACUCUAGAAGCUUGAAAAUAUAAAUAGUUGUCGAAUAAAGCUCAAUAUUUUGGGCACAAAAAUGUAAACAAAGGCUUUGUUUACAUGCGGACUGUAGAUCACCUUUAAAAAAGGGAAAAUUGUUGACAUCCAAAUUUUUUUUAAUUUUUGCUUACUGACUAUUUACGGUCAGCGGAUCCGUAAACCAAUGAAUAAAAAAGUUUUGGAAGAGAUCAGGAUACACUCAAAUGUGUUUUUGAAUGGUUUUUAAUGAUUUACUUUAUUGAAACCAUUUAUGUUAAACUCUAUUCAUGGUAUUAUAAAUUUCCCAAAUGGUAGUACAUGUUUAAUAUUUACCAUAUUUUCCUGUUCAUGUAAUUCACUGAAUGUUGUGUGCACUACUAUGGUAUGCUUAUUCUAUUUAUUUUUAUAUCCAUAUUUGCACAAGGAAGCUGUAUACUAUUUAGGGGAAAAACAUGAAAUAAUUAAGUGCAACCAGCUCUAUAUAAAACCAUUGUUUUUUGUAAUUUUGUAUUAUAUGCUCUGCAUGCAAGUUAGAUUUGAUUUUAUUUGUUAGUAAUGAAAUAAUUCUCUUUAAACAUUUUUUGCAGCUGGUGGAAAAGCAGCAUUGUUAGGUUGUGCUGGGUUUGCAGCAUUCUCAACAGCUAUAGAUUAUUAUCUCAGGUGACAUAGUACCAAAGCAUUUGUGCUGUCAAGUUGUGAUCACUUUGGGUAUGCCACCAUGUACAAGUUGCAUCAUUUGUGGAUGAUAGCAACCUGGUUUAUGUUGAGAACCAGCAUUGAAUACAAUGAUGGUAUUGGCAUCUUGAAAAGUCACAUUGGAGUAAAUUCUAAAUCUUUCAAUAGAAUAUGAAACCAAUUGUGUCCAUCAUCGGGUUCUGCAAAUAGGAUUAUUUGAUGACUGGAAACUUUGAAAGAAGGAAACAUAAACUUUGACCAGUAUACCCUUCUGAAAUGUGCUUAUAAUAUAAACAAAAGCGUAACACAUUUCUUUGAUUAACUUGACCCAAUCAAUCUUCACAAAAACUAUGACUGAAAUCUGAAAAAGAAUCAUGAAGAAUAUAAAUCGGAAUUCAUUCUUUAAGCUUUGCUGAUUUUCCCCAUAUCCUAUAAAUUCAACUAAAGUGCUUUAUUUUUGUCUAAAAAGGCAUUGGACAAAGUUGAUACAUUUCUACAUUUACUUGAUGUCCGCAUUAAAGAUGAUGAAACAUCACCUUCUUACUGAGUACUGGCGAUGAAAAUGAACAGCGCGAAAAUUAGCGUCAGAAAAAAGGAACUAAUUGCUCCUUCACAUACAGUAACGAGUGCAUGUUUGUAUCAACACUAUAUAGACAUUUACUUUUUACUCAUCCUUAAGUUGGUGGGAAAAGGGGUUAACCAACCUACAUGUAUGUCUAGAACUUUGGUUUCAACCUACAAACCAACUACUGGAGCGGCAAUGGACCUACAAUGUAAAACAUUUGUUGUAUACUUUACAAACUACCGUAUAUUUUAACUUUUUUUAAAAGUUAUUUUAAGUUCUACAAAUAAUUGUUUACAGUGGUUUGUUUAAUCUGGAAAGAGGCAACCCAUUUUGGAAGCAUUUUUGAAGAAAGGACCCAUUUAACGGAUAUUUGAUGCCUUUUAAACUGGAAAGUUGAUGCCUUUUAAACUGGAAAGAAAGAAACAUAUUUGGGCCGAAAAUGGUAGCAAUUUCCGCACGCAAUACAAAAGUAUACAAACUUUGCAAGGCUAUAUUUUCCGCAUUUUACAACAUUUCGCAACCAAACUUUGCAAUUUUACUCACUUUAGUAUGCUCUUUCUAGCUGUGGUGAUUUAUUUGCAUCUCCCCGCCUAGCUUAUAGUCUAUAAUGGGAAUUGUCUAUUCUACUGAGAAAGAUCUUUCUAUAUACUGGGGCCUGAGAUCGACCAUGGUCAGGGGUGGAUUUUUAAAAAUAAAAGCCAGAAUACACUAAGUGAGGAGAUUUUCCCUCACGGAUACUUUAUUCUACAGCUUACGGCUUAAAGUGCAUAUGACAUGAAUUUUUUUAUUUUCUUAAAUGAAAGAACUCUUUAAGCUGUAGUGUAACUUAUUUUUUAGUUUUUUUUUUAUGGUUUGUUCCC